AUGUCUUCUCCCGGCUUUCCACCUUACCUUAGGAAUGAUUCAGUCCCAAUUGAUUUCAAUUGCACACAGGGCAUUCAGUGGGUUUGGGUCAUUCUUCGACAGUGUGCCGUCUCACCAAAGGAAAUAGCUGGUGUUUCUUUGGGUCUACUUUCAGCGGUAGUCUGGAUUGUGUUCUUGAUACCUCAAAUUGUCGAAAAUUAUCGCAAAGGUAUCCCUGAUAAGGCCAUCUCUCCCACUUUGCUUGCGUGUUUUAUAAUCGGCGACAGCUUUAAUCUUGUUGGUUGCCUUCUUACUCACCAACUACCUUUGCAAGUAUACAUGGUCGAAAUCUCCACAGCAGAUGAGUCCAACGGUGGAGGGGUUGCUCAGGAACAAGGAAUCGCUUGUGGGUGGAAGCGCGGAACAACUGAAGGCCUCAGUCCGAUCGUCUUCGUAUUGUCCGUCAUUGGCAAUUUGGCUUACGGUCUGCAAAUAUUUUUGACUUCAGUUGAACGAAAUUUUCUCAUUCGAUCUCUUCCCUGGGUCGCUGGCUCAUUUGGCGUUCUAAUUUUCGACACUACUGUACGUCGUUUUAUUUAUCCUUUCAGUUAUCAUAAAACAGCAUCCUUACCUUAG